AACUGUAUUUCCGAUCGCUGAUGGAGGUUAUGGUUAUGUUACUACAGAAUUAUCAUAUGACGAUGAUCGCCUUUUCAAUGCAUCAGUUCCAAUCAUAUCUGUAUAUUAUAUGUUUUUAACUCCAAUGACUCAUCAAAUUUCUAAAAAGUUUUUACUUCACUAUGCUCGAAAUGUUAGUGAAAUAUCAUACAUUUCAUGUUCUUUAAGCUAUGGUGAGCUUGGAAAUGUAUGCUUGAUAACCGAAAUAGCCGAACGAUCUCAUAAUAAUUCACUGUCUAUAACAUAUCAAGUUGAUUUUUUGUCUUCUGGUUCUGUAAUUAGAUUACAGCCAUUAUACUUUCAAACUAUGAUAACUAACGAUCGUAAUUAUAUUUUACAAUCUGAUAUUAAACCCUUAUUUUAUGGUGGCUCAAUUGUAACUAAUUGGGCUGUUGAUAUUAAUAAUGAUACUACCAAUAGUAACAAUGAUACUACCAAUAUUAAUGGUAAUACUACUAAUAGUAAUGAUUACACUGCGCCUAUCAAUGUAAACAGUCAAGGCAAUCAAGUGGGUUCGGCAGCGUUACCACUUGUAAAUAUUACUGUGGAUAUUAUUGCACCUAAUGGUAGCAAAAUAAUAGGGGAUUUUUGGCAGUGGAGUUUGAUUGCCAAUUCACCCAAAUAUGCAGUAUUUUUUAUAAUGAAAAAUAAUACAUAUAUAUUUUGCGCAAUGUAUGAACCUAGAAUAUGGGAUAUUUUUGUUACUAAUUUGCCUAAAUUUAGA